UACAUCUCUUGCAGUGUUUGAAGCCUGGUGGAAUAUUGCAAUGGCAGCUCAGAUAACUGAUGCUCAUCGGCGCUUCUUGCAGGUCCUGAUGUCUCAUGGGAUAAUGGAAGGGUCAGAGGCUAGAAAAUUGCACAGGCGCUGCUGUGAAAUCCAUAAAGUCUACUAUGCGCAUGAUAAACUGGAUGAUUUCAUCAGUGCUAUCAACAGCCAUCUACAGCCUUUGUUUAUGCAGAUCCGGAAAGGAAUGUCGGAGGAUGACGGGAGAGCACAUUAUGCUUUAGUGAAUUUGGCAGAAACUGAAGUAACUAAAAUGGCAUCUGACUAUACAGAAAAUGAAUUAGAAUUGUUCAGAAAAACAAUGGACCUAAUAAUUUUAUCAGAAAAUGGCUUUGCCUCUUCGACAGAUAUUUUAAACUUGGCUGACCAACUUAAGACAAAGAAAAUGAAGAAAAAGGAAGCAGAACAAGUGCUGAAAGUUUUUGUGGAGGAUAAAUGGCUCUCUGAGAGAAAUGGAGAAUACACUCUGCAUACUCGCUGCAUAAUUGAGAUGGAACAAUACAUUCUCAGCAACUACCAAGAUGCAGCAAGGAAGUGUAACAUCUGUCACAGCCUUGCCAUCCAGAGCCAAGUGUGUGAAUCCUGUGGAAUUGGAAUGCAUUUACCUUGUGUCAGAAAGUACUUUCGAGCUCAGAUCGAACCACGCUGUCCACAGUGUAAUGAUUUCUGGUCUUGUGACAUUCCAGGUAUGAAUCGGAUAGACUUGCAGUCACCAUCGAAAAGGGAGAGCAGAAAAGAGCUUCAUUCUCAGCACUAG